CUCCCUCUGGGCGUCUGGGGGUCUAUUCUCCCCAGUCAAUGAGUCAGUCUGUUUGUCUGCCUGCCUGCGUGUGCGUGUGUGGGGUUGUGUGUGGUGCGCGCGUCCCUGUGCGCGCCUGGCACUUGCAGCCGAGGCUGGUUCGGGCGUCCAUCCCACUUUCCUUCCUUCCUUCCUUCCUUCUUUCUGGACCGGGCUGCGCGGAAGGAGCGAAGGGGGAGAGCGGCAGAAGGAGAGGCCCACGCGUGGGAAGAGAGAGCCCCGUGGGAGCGGAGGGCGAGGGAGGCUCCGCGGGGGCUGCCAAACCUUCCCUCCCCAAAUCGCCCGCGGGGCGCCGCUGAGCGAGGAGCGCUCCUGCGCGGCUGCUUGGCUCGCUCCUUCUGCCGCCGCUCCGCUCCGCUCGGCCAAGGCAGCCGCGAUGUCGGAGGUGCAGCUGAGCCCCCGCGGGGAGGCGGGCGAGGGAGCGCCGCUGGGCUUCGCCUGCCGCCUGCAGGACACCAGCAGCUUCGGGCCGGGGGGCGCCGGCAAGCGCGCCCCCAAACUGGCCCAGAUCGGACGCAGCAAGUGCGUUGUUAUUGAGGAUGAUCGAAUUGAUGACGUACUGAAAAACAUUUCAGAAAAGCCACCUCCGGGUGUCUAAAUAUAUAUAUAUAUAUAUAUAUAUAUAUUCAUGUCUCGCCCAGAGACAGUGUUAAAAAAAUGAGGGGCGCAAAAAUAAUUCACCUUUCAGCACAAGAACAGGCAAAAUUGUUCAUUUAAAAAAAAAUGAAGAAAGGAAGAACUUUUUUGGGCGAAAGAGGCAGAAAGCGAUGCUGUUUUUUGGAGUUCUUCAGCGCCACGUUGGGAUCCAACUGAAGACGCCUUUUAAGGAGCCUCCGAGAGGCUGAAUUGAAGCCUUUUAUUCCUGCCUCCCCCCCUCCAGAAAGUACCGUUUUCAAGUUGGACUUUUAGAAAGUCUUCUGAAGAGAGAAAUAAUUGGGGUGGUAGGCAGAGAGGGUCUCGGAGGUAUUGUUUACAUGAUGACACCUUGCAAAAAAUAUUCCGUCAGCUUGCACGUAACAUGGUCUGUACUUUCUAUUUAUAUAUUUUAUAUAUAUAUUUGGAUUUUGCGAAGGUAAAAGAGGGACGAAAAGAUGGUUUGUAAUCACACGCACCAACACAUACUGUAUGUGAUUCUGGUUACCUUUUGAAGUCUCUGGAAUGUAAGGAACUUUUUAAAGAGAAAGUUGGAACCAGGAAGAAGGUUAUCCUUACUUCCCCAAAACUGGAUUAUAAUUCUAGUAUUUGACAUUUGGGGCAAUGCUCAAGUCACUCAGGUGCAAAUAGAGAAACGUAAUUUUAUAUGGAAAUGGAAGACAUGUUUUUUUUAAAAGUACUUGUGUGCUUUUUCUAAAUGUUCCCUAGCAAACGAAAGCUUGUGUCAAACCAACUGUCAAGUUUCCGAAAGAUGCCCUAAUUAAUUCAUGCUUUUUAAAAAUACUUUAGUGUAAAGUCAAUUCUCUUUGUUACUGUGCAAUGAAAUAAACAAAUAAAAUGCGUGUGCAUACACAAACCGUAAUCCUGAAAGAAGAGUGCCAAAUAUUUUCCAAAAUGCGAAAUAUUUACUUAUCUCUGUUUCCGCUGUAGGGAUUUUGUGUGUAUGCGAAGUUGCUUUUUUUGUACUUAAGGAAUUCUUGCCUCUCUAAGGACUUUUUUUUAACCGAACUGCUUGAUCUGUGCAGAAAGAAUUUUCUCUCGAUGCCGUCCUUGGUUUUCCUUCAGUUCUCCUUUUUUACUGAUUCAAGUUGACCGUUUUAAAAACAAUCGCAUGACACGCAGAGAAUUAAAAAGGGCUGCCUUGCUUUCAGUCGCUUUAUCCUCCUCUUUGGCUGCAUUUUGCAAUGAUGUCCUAAAAUGGUUCUUUGCGUCUUUUCCUAAAAGUUUUGUGUAUCCUGCACAAGAGUGUUUCUGCAAUGGAUAAUAAACGAUUAUGACUUAA